GGCCCACACUCACACUCAUCAACACGCCUGGCACACUAGAUAAGGCAAUUGGCAUAAAUCACAAUACGAGCCGGACCAGCGACGAGAUCUGGUAAAGAGGAGAUCUCGCACUUGAGAAUCACAAGGCGGCACAAUUCGUCUGAUAAUUGAAUUAAACAAACACUCAUAAAAUGGCCACUAGGACAUGCCUUGGCACGCAAUCGCGAGAGCAAAAGUCGACCCCGACGAACGCAUCCACAGUAGAUAGAACGGUUAGCUUGCGGAACGGACGUUGUUAGCAUUCUAUCUCAGCUCUCGAGAGAUCGACGGCGAUGGAAUCCAUUCGCGAUCUUCUUUCAAACGAUGAUUGUGAAAAGAUCAUCGAACGUUUCGUGUCACCGUUGGGGGACACCAAGGCAGUUAUUAAGAUUAUCAGCUACGAUGCCGAAAUCAUACCGGGCCAUCCGGGCUAUAUCGGAGAUUAUUCCUAUCUCCGAAUCACCUAUCAAAGGACCGCAGACGAUCGUAUCGAAACGGCGCGGUUUUUUGUCAAAACGAUUCCACAUUAUGAUGCCGAGUUGAGGAAACUGGUUGAAGCUUGUGGAAUCUUCCGGAAAGAAGCGGUCUUCUAUGACAAACUGCACGCCCACUACCAGCGAGAUCCGGCGAAGGUUAGCAAAUGGGCCCCGGAUUGCUAUCUGGCGCGGAGUGAGUUGAUUGUGCUGGAAGAUCUUUCGCUGUCCCGCUAUCGAACGAUGCCAUUUCAAAAGCUGUUCCGUGAGCACACUAUGCAACUCGUGUAUGAUCGCUUGGCCCAGAUGCACGCUUGUGCGAUCGAGUUUGAGGUAAAUCAGCUCAAUGGACGAACGAUUGAAGACGUUUUUGGUGAAGAGAUUUUGUUUGAAACAACGUUCACCCCUACCAGUGGCUGGUUCGUUGCUGGAAUGAAGGGCAUUCUUACGGUAGCACUAGAAAGGAGUCAUCAUUCCAAGAAUCCAACGAAAAGGGCCAUCAUUGAAAAGGAGAUGAUGUCGCGGCUGGAGCACGUUUACGCGCUGUCCAAGCCAUCCGAUCAGUUCCGCUGUACCGUCGUACAUCGGGAUCUUUGGUUUAACAAUUUUAUGUUUCAAUGCUCACCGGAUGAUAGCGAAUGUGAUAAUCCGCUCGAUUGUUUGCUGAUCGAUUUCCAGCUGGCCCGCUAUUUACCUCCAGCCGUUGACUUCCUGUGUGCCCUGUACCUGCUAACGGAUCGAGCACAACGUGACCAGCAGCAGAAGCGGUUGGUUGAGUAUUAUUAUAAUUCUUUCCAGCGAAAACUCGCCCUGCUGGGUCUGGAUGCUACGCUGCUGCUUCCCAGGGAACAGUUUGAGGAAACCCUUGCCCACUACCGACUGGUGGGACUCGUUUGGGCUGGCGUGCUGCAUGGCUUUGUUAACUUUCCUCAAGGAAUGAUGGAUGAUCUGCAUCAGACCGAUUCGGAUACGUAUACGCGUAUGUCCAUGGUGAACAGAGAUGAUUUCGUCCUGAAGUACUACGAUUGUGAUCGGUUCUAUCGCGACCGAAUGAAUGAUAUAGUCAACGAGACUAUCGAAUAUUUAUUUGAUUUUUAGCGUAAAGCCCCGUCCCCCUGGUGUCAGUGUUUCGAAAUAAAGAUAUUUUAGAGUGCUGCAAUUAGGUCACGUAUGAUACCGGUAAUGCGGUCACGGUAUGGCGCAUUAUCACGCAGCACCUCCAAGCA